AUGUGCUACGAGAACCUCAAGGUCACGAUCUCCGCGUUCGACAGCAACAUCGUCAAGUGCAACGGCAAGUACCUCAGUGUCAACGCCAACGGCAUCGGCGCGUUUCUGGUGAUCCCCGUCGACGAGGUCGGCAAGGCCCCGGACAAAGUGCCUAUGUUCCGGGGCCACACGGGCGGCCUUGUGCUCGACACUGACUUCGACCCGUUCCACGAGAACAGGCUGGCCUCUGCGGGCGAGGACGGCAAGAUCCUGCUGUGGGAGGUCCCGCCAAACUACACUUUCACCCACGUUGACCCGGACAACAUCCAGGACGUCGCGCCGGUGGCCUCUUUGACAGGCCAUUCCCGCAAGGUCGGCCAUGUUGUCUACCAUCCGGUCGCAGAGAACGUUCUGGCGUCGUCCUCGUUCGACUACAGCGUCAAGCUGUGGAACCUGGACACCAAACAGUGCGAACGCACGCUGCAGCACAAGGAUCUCGUGACCAGCUUCUGCUUCAACUACGACGGGUCCAAGAUCGUCACUGCGUCGCGCGACAAGAAGAUCCGCGUCUGGGACGUGCACACGGGCAAGGUGCUGUCCGAGGGCCCGGGCCACACGGGUGCCAAGGCCCCGCGCGUGUGCUGGCUGGGCAAGCACGACAGAUUCGUCACCACCGGCUUCGACAGGUUCUCCGAGAGACAGCUGGGUGUUUGGCAGGCCGAUAAGGUCGAGGACGGGCCUGUGGGCGGGUUCUACUCCGUGGACGCGUCUUCGGGCGUGCUGAUGCCGUUUUUCGACGACUCCACAAACAUCCUGUUUGUGGCCGGCAAGGGCGACGGCAACGUGAGAUACUACGAGUUCGACAAGGACGAGCUGUAUCUGAUUUCUGAGUUCCCGUCCACGUCGCCGCAGCGGGGCUAUGCCAUUGGGCCCAAGCGGUUUGUCAACAUGAGAGAGAACGAGAUUGUGCGCGCGUACAAGCUGCACAACGACAACAUCGUCGAGCCGAUCUCGUUCAUUGUUCCAAGACGCUCGGAGAUGUUCCAGGACGACAUCUACCCGGAUGCGCCAGCGGGCGUUCCUGCGCUGACGGCGGAGGAGUUCUUUGCGGGCAAGACGAGCGGGCCUGUUCUGGUGUCCAUGAGGGACCUGUACGAGGGAACGGAGGAGCCUGCAACCUGCGUGGGGGAAACGCACAAGGUGGAGGAGCAGAAGCCAGAGACAGUGGAGCAGAAGGACGACAAGGAGGAGGAGAAGCAGAAAGUGGAGCCUGUGCGGCCAUUGUCGGCGACGGAGCCCGAGCUCCAGAACAAGGAGGAGGUGACGACGCUGCUCAACAAGGUGAAAGAGAUGUCCGACGACGACACGCAGGAGGUCGACGCGGACGACGAGGAGUGGCAGGAGGUCUCGGAGAGGGAGGCGAGAGAAAAGGAGGAGAAAGCCAGGGAGCCUGAGGAAAAGUCCAAGGAAGCUACCGAGGAAAAGCCCGAGGAAGCAAUUGAGGAGCCUAAAGAAACGGUCAAGGAAGCAACCGACGAAGCCGCUGGAAAACCCAGUGAGGUUGUGUCCGACAAGGAAACUGCAGCUCCGAAAACAAUUCCUGAAACCGCCUCGUCUACCUCAGUUACCUCUUCCACCGUUCGAGCAGCUGGAGGCCUCAAGUCGUCCAUGGACAAACUACACACUCUUGUGGCCCAGCUGGAGUCUACCGUAGAGCAGCUCCAGGCUGCCGCUGUCUCCAAGGACGAGAGGCUGGCUGCCUUAGAGGCCAAGAUCGACCAGCUCUUGGCAAAGACGGCCUGA